UAGCGGCUCCACCGUUGCAAGAUUAAUCCCGCGACUCCAACAAGACCCAACUUCUCCCGAAGCAAAAAAAAGGCGCAGGAUAUUCACCUCUUUGCGACCGUCUUUUUGAAAAGUUCCAAUAAAGUCGACACUCGACCUUACCAUCAGUCACAAUGGCUCCCGCUACUGCUCGUGCUGGCAAGAAGGCCCAGAAGGUGACCAAGAAGUACGUCAUCAACGCUUCGCAGCCCGCGAGCGACAAGAUCUUCGACGUCUCCGCCUUCGAGAAGUUCCUCCACGACCGCAUCAAGGUCGAGGGCCGUGUCGGCAACCUUGGCGAGAACGUCCAGAUCUCCCAGUCUGGCGAUGGCAAGAUCGAGGUCGUCACUCACAUCCCCUUCUCUGGUCGCUACCUCAAGUACCUGACCAAGAAGUUCCUCAAGAAGCAGCAGCUCCGUGACUGGCUGCGCGUCGUCUCCACCUCCAAGGGUGUUUACGAGCUCCGCUUCUACAACGUCGUCAACGACGCUGAGGACGAGGAGGAGGAGUAAAUUUCUCCUUCAAGCUGAAGCUACGAACCCGUCAGGCUUGCUGGUCAGAGCCCCGUCCCUCCACAUGGGAAAAGAUGGAGGCCAGGGCAUGAACGAGCAGGACUUUCGCGGGAAAGACCGAGGGACAAGGGGUCAAAAAGCGGUAUAUACGACAGUGUCGGUACAUCGCUAGUUUGAGGAGUUGGAUAUCGAUUCAUACUGGGAACCGCAGAGGCAGGGUGAACAUGGUGGGAGCCGUCGGCCAGAGAUGGUCGUGGUGACACCUGCGCCUUGUUGAUGGAUCUGGGUCGAGUUUCAACAUCAACGAACAAUUCGUUCCUAUUCAUGACGUUAUGAAUGAUAGAUAGAUACGAAUUCAGCCACCUUAAACCUC